AUGGCGUCCAAUGUGGUGCCCCCAGUCCAAGUAGAACAGUCGUACUGCACCAGGGAGCAACAAGCUUACUGUGAUGUUUACUCCAACAAGUCCUGCUGCUGCGAGAGCAGUCACACUCUGACUGGGAGUGUGUCCAAAAUGACCUUGUACGAUGAGAACAUAUCAUUCGCAUCCAGGGGGUUCUCCUCCAUCAUUAUACCUUCUAAAGGUUACCCCCCCAAAAACACAAACAAAUCGUCACUUCCACCUAUCACGUCUAAAACAUUGGAAAAAAGUUUCAACUACAAAAACCGUUUGAAAGGAGCACCUACACCUGAAGAAAAACUUAAUCCUGUAUCCACUAAACAGAGAAAAUCGAGUGACCUACAACCAAAAAAUAAAACCCACGGCAGUUUUGAAAUCACCAAAAGGUUGUCAAACAUUUUCAUAUCAAGGAGAAAGGUGGAAUAUAAACAAUUCUCUAUGAAGAAGGAAGUUAACUCUUCGAAAAUAGAGUCUAAAAAGGUUAUUGAAAACUCAAGGUCUUUGGACAUUGAUGUUACAAUCAAGGAUGAAGUGUUGAACGAUAACACGUCACCAAGUAAACCUACAGAGCUUUUACACCCAGGGUGGAGAAGAGUCCCUUGGAAACCUCACUUUGGGUGGACAGAUGCACACCAGCAGCUGUGCAAACUCCUCCGCAAAGAGAUCACGGAUGGCAAAGUACACAAUAUUUACUACAACACAGAGGAAGAACACGCCUCAGCCAAAGCUCUGCUCAGUGGACCUUCAGUAUCUACUGUGUCAGACGUCCUUGAGGUGAUAAGGAAAACAGCUGAGACAAGGUCACCUUGGUUUUACAAGGUUACAUCAAGGUCAAGGAGCUCCUUGCAAACCUCCCCUUAUGAUGCUGAUGGGGAAGACUCUGUUUGA